CCCACCAGCCUCGCCAUGUUGUCAGAGUAAAUCUUUUGCUCCACUUUCACCGCUUUGCCACAGAUAAUAAGUUCCAUAGCUACGGUGUCAGCGGUUAGAUUACCACCAUGUCGAGUGUUUCGUACCACAUCUCCAGCUUGUUGGAGAAAAUGACAUCAACUGACAAAGAUUUCAGGUUUAUGGCCACCAAUGACCUGAUGUUGGAACUGCAGAAAGACAGCAUUAAACUGGAUGAGGACAGUGAGAGAAAGGUGGUAAACAUGCUGCUCAGACUGCUGGAGGACAAAAACGGAGAGGUGCAAAACCUGGCUGUAAAAUGUCUGGCCCCUCUGGUGAGUAAAGUGAAGGAGCCUCAGGUGGAGGUCAUGGUGGACAUACUCUGUACCAACAUGACGUCAGAUAAGGAGCAGCUGAGAGACAUUUCCAGCAUGGGACUCAAGGCCGUGAUCGCUGAGCUGCCACUGUCUGCCUCAGGUUUGAGUCUCACAGCUAGUGUGUGUAAGAAGAUUACCUCUCAGCUGAUUGGUGCCCUGGGGAAACAAGAAGACGUGUCCGUUCAGUUAGAGGCUCUGGACAUUCUGUGUGACAUGUUAGGAAGGCUGGGUGGCGCUCUGGUUGGUUUUCACAGCUCUCUCCUCUCCAGCCUGCUGCCUCAGCUUACCAGCUCCAGAAUGGCGGUGAGGAAGCGUUCCAUCUUGGCUCUCGGCCAGUUGGUGCCCUGCUGUAGCCCCGCCCUCUUCUCUCAGCUGACUGAACACCUGUUGAAAGAACUGGCAAAGAACCCGCAAACAUCACUGAUGAGAACAUACAUCCAGUGCUUGGCAGCUGUUAGUCGGCAAGGCGGCCAUCGAGUUGGAGAGCAUUUAGAGAAACUGAUCCCAAUGGUGGUGAAGUUUACCAGUGUGGAGGACGAUGAGCUGAGGGAGUAUUGCUUCCAGGCCUUUGAAGCCUUUAUACGAAGAUGUCCAAAGGAGAUGUCACCUCAUGUUGCCACGGUGACUAAGCUCUGUCUGAAGUUCAUGACCUUUGACCCUAACUACAACUAUGAUGACAACGAGGAAGAUGAAGACAGCAUGGACAUAGAGGAUGGAGCUGAUGAAGAAUCAGAUGAUGAGUACAGUGAUGACGACGACAUGAGCUGGAAGGUUCGCCGCUCGGCCAUCAAGUGUCUGGAGGCGUUGAUCUGCACGAGGAGAGACCUUCUCCUCUCCUUUUACUCCUCCAUCUGCCCGGCUCUGCUGGCCCGAUUCAAGGAGCGCGAGGAGAACGUGAAGGCUGACGUUUUUGCUGCCUUUUCCACUCUCCUGAGGCAAACACGAGGCGGUUCAAGUCAUCACAGCCUCAUUACGGCCAGUUCAGAGCCAGGAAAGAGCCAGGAAGAAGAACCAGCGGUCCCUUUGCUGAAAAAGGAGGUGCCGGUGAUUGUGAAGGCUCUCCAUAAACAGUUAAAGGAGAAGAGUCUUAAAUCUCGACAGGGCUGCUUCUGUCUUCUCACAGAGCUAGCCUACACAGUACCUGGAGCCUUGGAAGAGCAUAUACCCGUCCUUAUACCUGGCAUUGUCUUUUCCCUGACUGAUAAAUCCACCUCCUCCACCAUGAGGAUUGAUGCUCUUUCGUUCUUCCACGUUCUUCUGAUCUCCCACCAUCCUCAAGCAUUUCAGCCACACAUGCAGACACUGCUGCCGGCCAUCCUAACAUGCGUUGAGGACACUUUCUAUAAGAUCACCUCGGAGGCGCUGCUGGUCACUCAGCAGUUAAUCAAAGUGAUGAGGCCACAGGGGCAGACAACCACAUCCUUAGGUUUUGACCCAAAGCCUUUCAUUCAGGAGGUGUUUUCAGUAACAAUGAAGAGGCUCAAAGCAACCGACAUUGACCAGGAAGUGAAGGAGAGAGCUAUUUCCUGUAUGGGUCACAUGGUGUGUCAUCUUGGCGACCUCUUGGGGACCGAGCUGCAGGGAGUCUUGGGGAUCUUUUUGGACAGGUUGAAAAAUGAGAUAACAAGACUGACAGCAGUGAAGACCCUCACCCUGAUCUCUGCAUCUCCACUAAAGAUUGACAUGACAUCCAUCCUGCCGGAGGCUUUGUCAGUGUUGGGCUCGUUCUUGCGGAAAAACCAGCGAACUCUGAAGCUCAGCACGUUGGCGUGUCUCACAGCGCUAGUUACCCAUCAUGCUGCCAGCAUCAAGCCAGCUGCUCUGGAGCCUGUGUUAAGUGAGAUUCCUCCUCUGGUGGAUGAGAGCGACAUGCAUGUAUCACAGGUGUCCAUUACCUUGUUAACUUGCAUGGCCAAAGCCUGCCCCUCCUCUCUGGCUAAAAUCAGCUCAUCUGUGCUGUCUGGAGUCUUUAAGCUCGUCCACUCCCCACUGCUGCAGGGUGGAGCACUUCUGGCUAUACUGGACUUCCUCCAAGCCCUGGUGGUGAGCAAGGCUAUAAACCUGGGCUACAGUCAGUUGCUGAAGUCUCUUAUGGAGCCAUUUCAAAGCUCCAAGUCCUCUGCGGACGUCCUGCACAGACAGUCCUACCACUCUGUGGCUCGCUGUGUGGCUGCUCUGUCCUCUGCUUCUCCAAAAGAGAUGGCUGGCACUGUGACCAGCCUCAUACAGCAGGUGAAGAACUCCAGCUCCCCAGAGUCGGCUCGGGUGCUGUCUCUGUUGUGUCUGGGGGAGGUGGGGAGGAGCGGCGGUCUGGCAGGGAGUAAGGAGGUUCAGGGAGUCAUCUUGGAGGCCUUCUCUUCAACCAACGAGGAGAUAAAAACAGCGGCAUCCUGCGCUUUAGGAGGCAUGGCGGUCGGCAGCCUAAAUGAGUUUCUGCCUUUCAUGUUGAAGGAGAUCUCAGCUCAACCACGAAGACAAUACCUGCUGCUUCACUCCCUCAAAGAGGUCAUCAGCGCAUGUCCAGCCUCCAGUCUCUCACCUCAUGUGGAGUCGAUCUGGGCUUUGCUGUUUCAGCACUGUGAGAGUCAGGAGGAGGGGACCAGGAACCUAGUGGCUGAAUGUUUGGGAAAACUGACCUUUGUCAACCCUGCACAACUUCUGCCCAGACUAAAACAACAACUUAAAGCUGGUUCUCCUCUGACUCGCAGCACAGUGGUGACAGCUGUAAAGUUCACCAUUGUUGACCAUCCAGCUCCCAUAGACUCACUGCUGAAAGACAGCAUCGGUGACUUUCUGAAGACCCUGCAGGACAGUGACAUCAACGUGCGCCGUGUCGCCUUGGUGAUGUUUAACUCUGCUGCUCAUAACAAACCAUCUCUGGUCCAAGGCCUUCUGGGAACAAUCCUGCCUCACCUUUACAAGGAAACCCAGAUCAGGAAGGACCUCAUAAGGGAGGUGGAGAUGGGACCCUUCAAACACACGGUGGAUGAUGGUUUGGAUGUGCGUAAAGCAGCAUUUGAGUGUAUGUACACUCUGCUGGACAGCUGCCUAGAGGGGCUGGACGUCCUGCAGUUUCUGGAUCAUGUGGAGGAAGGACUUAAAGACCACUAUGAUAUCAGGAUGUUGACCUUUUUGAUGUUGGCCAGACUGGUUUCUUUGUGUCCUGCUGGUGUUCUCCAAAGACUAGACCGACUGGUGGAACCUCUUAAAGCCACCUGCACCACCAAAGUAAAGGCCGGCUCUGUAAAACAGGAGUUUGAGAAGCAGGAGGAACUGCGGCGCUCAGCCAUGCGCGCUGUCGCCGCCCUGCUGGCUGUGCCAGAGGUGGAGAGAAGUCCCAGCAUGGCUGAAUUUGCCAACCAGAUUAGAUCCAAUGCUGACAUGGCGUCCAUCUACCAGAGUGUUCAGGGAGGGGAGGCAGGGGGCUUAUGCCCCACAGAGAGCAUGGAUAUGAGCUAAGCACUCCUUAAGUGUCUUAGAAGAGAAAAUAGUUUCAGGUUUUUUUUGUUUUUUGUUUUUUUUUUUGUAUUUUUAGAGCGUCAGGCCAAUGUUUGAUCUAACAUUUGAUGCUUUGUUAAUUGUGUGAAUUUUUUUCUGCCUUGUUGGAUCUUAUUAAUUACAUCCUGUCAGUGUGUUCUGAAUAAAUAUUGAAAUAUAUUCUUCUGAAAAUAGUGCUUUUUCCACAUUAAGUUAAAAUGAUAAACUCUGCCAUUCAGGCAUUUUAAACUGAGUUAAAUGUGUUUUUACUAAGCCUCACUAUAGAAGUGCCAUUUUACAAAGAGCAAACAUCUUGCAAAGAAUAUAAUUAUAAUUUUAUUAGACAGAAAAUACGCCAGUUUGAACUCUUUAUGACCUGGAGAGAAUGCUGCAUUGUCAUUGAAACAAAUGAAACUCGUCCUAAUGUCCUCUUCUCUUGAAUGUGUUUGUAGAUGCACCUGGGCUUCAGAAAAGUUUGAUUUUUAUUUUUAAAAAGUUACAAUUAGAAAGUGGCCAAGACAAAAAUUGUUUUAUUAAAUCCAACCUUGUGGUGAUGUCAUAUCUAUCCUGGCAUCCUUUGACAGUUCUUUGGUCUUGCCAAUCGUGGAAGAUUGAUUUGAGUGUCACUAUGUGGCAAGCAUUUAAUAAAUUAGGGCCAGAAAUUCUUGUGUUUGAAUAGUUCCUGAAUCCAGUAUUUUCCACCCUUUUAUGAAAGACAGGCAGACAUCUGAAGGUUUGGAAUGAUUUUAAUUACAACAGUACCGGUCUUGGUUUACUAUAGGGGGGCAGAAACUGCAGUGGGGGAUUAUUGAAUCUAUUAGCAUACUUGAAGCAGAGCAAGAUUCCUGAGAUGACAAACAAAGUUAGCUGAUCUUGCAAACCUGACAAAUAGUAGACUUGAGUUUUACUUAUAGCUGGUGGCCAGUGGAAAACUGUUAGACAAACUGGUGAGAUGUGGUUGGAGGAACCAGCCUUAUUAUAAGCUGUAUCUUGACAUUUGAUAGGCAACAGGUGCUUCUCGUCAGCAUGAAGCGCAGACUGGUGACGCCUCCUCACAUCACAGAAGGAAAAAAGGGAAAACACACCGAGGAGGAAAAGGGAGCAAAUGAAUCUGAUGCCCUAACACACCCAAUUUCAUCUUUCCUGUAAUCAUGACAAUGUUUAUUCAAUUAAGGUAUAACUGUUCAGUGUAGAGAUGUGACUUUUUCAUCUUUAACAUAAAGAAGGACUUUAUGCAAAAAAUAAAUAAAAGAAGCAAAUCAGAUAAAUAUAUUUCAAUCAGUAAUAAAAAAGCAAUGUACUAUACAUACUGAUGUAUUGUGGAGCCAAGAUUUUUUUUUUUCAUUAAACCAGGAAGUAAUAGAACUAAAUAUAAGCAGUCCUAUGAUUAUAAUUGUAUAAAAAUACACUAAGCAGUUGUAAAAAGAAGCUGGAAAUAACUUCCAGUUGAAGCAAAAUAUCUUCAAUUAGCUGAAUCUUAUAAACAUCAGAACACAUAAAUGUACAAUGCCAAAUUAGAUCUCGAUUGAUUCAACAUCUUCCUGGUCAGAAAAAAAAAGUUAAGGGGUGAAACACACACAUUA